AUGAUAACGCCAUUCGGGGGAUACAGGUGGGCUCGUUUACCUUUUGGAUUGAAAGUAUCCAGUGAAAUCUUCCAGCGACGGCUAGACGAAGCAUUAUCAGGACUGGAAGGUGUGUUUAGCAUUGUUGAUGACAUUAUUAUUGCUGGAUGUUGUGACAGUAAAGAAGCAGCAAAGGAUGUCACAUUGCAAGUCGACAGUAGCAAAGAAGGAAUUGGUGCCGCACUACUCAAAGAUGGAAAGCCGGUCGAGUACGCAUCAAGAGCUCUUACACAAGCAGAGAGAAAAUGGGCUCAGAUAGAAAAGGAAACUUUAUCCGUUCUCUAUGGACUUGAACGCUUUUAUCAGUACACUUAUGGAAGGAAAGUCUUCAUCCAUAAUGAUCACAAACCAUUAUCUGCUAUAUUGCGCAAACCAUUAGGACUAGCACCUAAAAGACUGCAAGACAUUAUGAUGCGUUACUUCAGAUAUGAUGUAGAAUUUGUAUUUGAGAAAGGAGUAAACCUUGUGAUAGCAGAUACGUUAAGCCGAGCUUUUCUCAUGACAACGGAAGGAAGUGUAGAUGAGCGUCAUAGGAUUCUAUCUGUCCCGAGGCUACGAGAAAAUGAUGUACCAGAUAUCAGAAUUCAAGAAAUUAAGGACAUGACUGCUAAAGAUUCAGAGAUGCAAAUAUUGGCCGACACCAUAGCCAAUGGAUGGCCUGACAGUAAACAAGAUCUUCCAACGAGUGUGCGUCAUUACUUUGAUUUUCGUGACACACUAAGCUUUGAAGAUGGACUCAUCUUGAAAGGUGAAGCAAUCGUGAUUCCAAAGGCACUCAGAUCAGAAAUGAAGAUGCGAUUACACAAAGUACAUCUAGGAUAUAACAGUAUGAUUAGGAGAGCUCGUGGUGUGAUUUUUUGGCCUGGGAUGAAAUCCGACAUUAAACAGAUUGCAGAUUAUUGUGGAAUUUGUCAGGAAAGAAAACCGAGAAACUGUAAGGAACCUUUAAUUCAGCAUUCAACAUGUGAAUUUCCUUGGCAGAAAAUUGGACUAGAUUUAUUCGAGAUACAAGGAAAACACUACAUGGUCUCGGUAGACUACUUUUCCAGUUUUAUUGAGGUAGAUUACCUACCAACAACGACAAGCACAAGAGUGAUUUCAUUGCUUAAGAAACAGUUCUCUAGAUUUGGCAUACCAAACGUUAUAAUACCGGAUGGUGGACCACAAUUUCGAUGUCAAGAAUUUCAGGAUUUUGUGAAGACCUGGAAGAUCGAUCACAAAUUCUCAUCUCUGAUGCAUCAGCAAGCAAACGGAAAGGCUGAAUCUGCGGUGAAGAUCAUCAAAACACUGAUGAUAAAAGCACAGGAGGAUGGAACAGACCCGUAUGAAGCGUUACUUAAACAACAUCGUACUCCAAGGCAGGAUACCGGUCUAAGUCCAGCACAGAUGAUGUUCAACAGAGAGAUACGUGCUACACUCCCUAUGAGAUCUGGAGUGAGCAAUGAUUUUGGAAUAGUGAAGUCCAAACACAGAUCCAGACAGAUUGCCGUGAAGAAAUCUUACGACAAAAAAGCACGUAACUUACCUGAAGUCGAUAUUGGACAGUCCGUUUAUUUCCAACAACGGGAAGGACAAAAUUGGAAGCUUGGGAAAGUGAUUCAAAUACUUGGACAGAGAACAUACGUUAUUGCGGACCAACAAGGAGUCGAAUAUCGAAGGAACCGAAUUCAUAUUAGACCAACUAAAAUACAGACCCAUAUUCAUGAUCAAUCUCCAGUUCGUGAUGAACCAAUCAGCAAACGUGAACUCUGUGAAUUUCCAAAACCGUUUAGUGGACCAAACGAGUGUAUGUCUAGCAAACAGAUACCGGUGAUUACAGACUCGAACGAACAACAUUGCGUACCAAACUCGAUUUCAGAAACUGCCGUCAGCAAGCCUCAGAAGGAUAUUACACCAGAUACUCGUGCAAUGCCAAUAUCGCGUGAACCGUCAUCAAGGAUCCGUAGGAAACCAGCAUGCUUGAAAGACUAUGUCCAAAAUUGA